CCCGACUCGACGGAACUUCAGUUAUUGAGCGAGUCUUCUGGAGACAUCAAGGUACGUUACACGGCUUGUCGUAGGAGAUCUGCUGUGAUGAAACACUGCAGAGUGUUUUCCGAUAACUCUACGUUCUUGAGGGAGAAUAAAACGUUUAUUAUCCUUUAAUAAACUACCGUAUCUCAUUUCCUCUACAGCGUUUAAUUAUACCAAUUACUCAGAGUCGAGAAACGCGCGUGUAAGAAACAUGUGUGGUUAAGGAAGAGACAGGACAAUAUUCAAGUGUAGUGGAAUUUCGGCCAGAGCCAACAUUCAUUUCCAAGAUGAGGGGCUGCUUGGUGCUGGUCCUGGUGGCGACACUGAACUCCGUAGUUGCGUCAUCGGACUACAACUAUUCUCGCGUACUGGAACUGUCUCUUCUGUUCUACGAGGCUCAGAGGUCGGGGCAAUUACCACCAGAUAACAGAAUAUCCUGGAGGGGCGAUUCUGCACUAGGCGAUCGCGGACAAAAUGGCGAAGACCUCACGGGAGGUUACUAUGACGCCGGAGAUUUCGUCAAGUUUGGGUUCACUAUGGCAAGCACAACUACGCUGUUGGCGUGGGGUUACUUCUCCUACAGAGAUGCUUACGAGUCAGCAGGACAAGCCAAGUACGCGUUGGACGCCAUCAAGUGGGCAGCGGAUUACUUCAUCAAAUGUCACGUGAGUCCUAACGAGCUGUACGGGCAAGUGGGGGACUUCAACCUCGAUCACGCUUUUUGGGGUCGACCUGAGGACCUCAACAUGUCAAGACCAGCCUACAAGAUCGAUGCUCAACACCCAGGUUCAGAUCUAGCCGGAGAGACUGCUGCGGCAUUAGCUGCAGUAUCUUUGGUGUUUCGCGAUGUGAACCCUGGGUAUUCCAGCAAGUGUCUAGAUCACGCCAAGCAGCUCUACCGCUUCGCCAGCCAGUUCCGGGGUCUCUACCACGAGGCCAUCAAGGGAGCGGCGCAGUACUACGAAUCGACGGACUACGGUGACGAGUUGACGUGGGCUGCGUCAUGGCUGUACAGGGCGACGGAUGACCCCCAGUACCUGGACGAAGCGGAACAUCACUACAUGAAAUUCCGGCUUAAAGAGCGGCCCAAUGAGUUCUUCUACAACAAAAAAGUGGCCGGUGUUCAGAUCCUACUGGCGCAGCUGACGAGGCAGCCUGAGUACAUGGAGGCGGCACAGGCUUUCUGCGACUUCACGGUCAACUACCAGAAGAAGACGCCGAAAGGACUGGUCUACAUAGACAAGUUUGGGACCCUGUGCCAUGCCGCGAACGUCGCAUUCGUGUGUCUGCAGGCGGCUGACGCGGGAAUCUCGCCGUCCAGGUACCGCGAGUUCGCUCGCCGACAGAUCGACUACAUGCUGGGCGAUUCAGGGCGGAGUUUCGUGGUGGGAUUUGGUUAUAAUUACCCGAGGCAGCCACACCAUGCUGCCAGCUCCUGCCCGACACGACCUGCGCCGUGUGGUUGGGAUGCCUUCGGCUGGCCUCGGGAUAAUCCCCAGCUUCUUCAGGGUGCUCUCGUAAGCGGACCCGACGAGAACGACCACUACAUGGAUAAUCGCGAAGAAUACGUGUACAACGAAGUGACCCUCGAUUACAACGCUGGCUUCCAGUCUGCUGUUGCAGGGCUACGGCAUCUCCAGCUGGAAGUCUUCGAAAAUAAUAGGGCAUAGAUAUUGGACUGGAGACCGUGUCUGCCUUCUUGGAGUGUACUUGAAUUCAAGUCAUAUCUAAAUAUAUUUACACUUAGGAAAGCUAGCCACGUCAUUCCAUCACGCUACUUCUUUCUGUACAACAGGGAUGAUGAAGCUUACUGCUUGCCGGUGCCAUGACAGAAGUUCUCGGAACUUGGAAGUAGUAUAGAAAGACGUCUGUUAGAAUACGUUUUAGCCAGUUCUUUCUUUUCGUUAAAUGCUUUCUCAAGUCAACAAAUUUUUAAUAAUAUUCGUGUCAGUCAAUGCUGGCUGUUAACGUGAGGAGUGGCGUAAUUUCAUUGAGCAGAAGCCGUUCUAUUCAUUCUUGACUAUGCAGUAAAUUUACCACAUUAACAAAACACGAUUUCACUAUUACUUUAAUAUACGGCUAUUGAAAACUAUUUUUUAAAAAAAUUGUGUACGAAUACUGAAUGAUAAUUCACCUGAAUGUGUUACGUAUGUAAAUAAAGUCCAUGAAGCUGCGAGAUCAUUUUAUCCUGAGGUAAAUGUAACUCUCAAUUUAGGGUGAUCAAUAAUCGCUCAAUUCGGACUGAUGGUGACGCCGGCCAAAUGUCAGUUAUUCGCCAUAACAACUGGACUUAACCUAAUGUGUUUAUAAUAAACUGCAUGUUACAAAUAACUUUUUUGAAAAUAAAUCUGAAUGCAGUCCACACGUUCAUGAACAUCGAUAACAGACAUUUGAUCAGUCCAAAAAGGGCACGUCUGACAAUUAUCUGCCAUUAUUUAGUGAUUUUACUUUGAACAUCCUCUAACCUGUGUGUUAGAGGUAUAACAAAAUAUGGCAGAAGUAACUUCAUCUUCAUUCUAAUUCAAUAAUUUGUAAAUGCUAUUUUAAAAUGAAUCAGUAAAGAAUGAGUUAGUAGAAAAGGCAACUUAUGUACCAUAACUAAUUUAUUCUCCAAGUUUUAAAAUAUGUACUUACUUUCAAGUUAUUCAAUUCAUGUGGACUCUUCUUUUAUUCUAUAUAGGAGGCUGUGAUCAGUGAAAAGUUUUGCAACUGAAUAAAAAUUACUGUUAAAAAAGGACUUAAAACUGUGCUAUAUUAUCAAAGUUCUCAUUAAUGAGACGAUAUAAAGACACUUCUAAUUCAUACACUGACACUAAACUGAGAUUUAUGUGAAUACAGGCAGUAGUAAUUGACCGGUUAGUUUCUUAAUGCAUCGUAUAUAAAAUGACUUUACAAGAAUUAAGGAUGAGUGACUGUGAGAAACUUUUGAAAAUGUACGAAAUUUUAGAAUGGACGGGGGGUGUAUCAGGAAGCUGUGACGUGCGUGAACAGACUAAAAGGCUAAAUGGUAUAAUCAACUAACUGGCCGUGAUUUUAUGUGACAUGUAACCGUGAUGUUUGUUGAACAGAUUUCUGAAGUGAAAGAUAAAACACUGCUUGCCAUAAUAACAAAAGAAGAGGCUUGGUGCUAAACACAGCGCAACAAUCAUAUGUACAUAAGUGGCGUGUAUUAUAGCAGCUGGCGAAUGAUGGAACAUGUAAAUAAGUGGUAAUGUAAAGAACUGUUCUCACUCUUUCUUUAGUUUUAUCACAAUGACCGUCAUACGCGUGUGUUUGUGUACAUAUAAUUUUUCAGAGCCAAUGGUUCAAAAUAAUAAUAAUAAUAAUAAUCAUUGUUGAAUGUAUAAAAACGUGAGAUUUGAUGUUCUCUCGGCAGCGAAUAUGAAUAUUGCUGUCUUCCGAGCUGUUGCGCCAUGCCGUCUGGUUGACAUUUACCCGCGUUUCACUUGUGCUUGCUGCCUCCAUCAUCAGGGCGAUCGCCUCUGAAAUGUCGGUAAACUUUUAUCGGACUACAUAGCGCAAUAAUCGAGAAGACAGCCAUCUUCGUUUAAAACAUGAUGGUAUUAAACACUCAAGAUAAACAGCUAACAAAGCCAACAAGUUGCCAUAGUGACACUUGUCCUUUCUUUACCCAUAGAAUGUGAGUAAUCCUUUGUAAUUUCAGUAAUGAAAAAUUUAAACAAUAUGUUAUAUCUCUACAUUUGUACAAUACAAUUAAUCUAUGUAAACGUUUUAAUGUGUUUAGUAAAGUAACGCAGCAGCAAUA